GAAGAACUUCCCUAAUUCAACGCUGAGAUCUCAAAGGGUUGAUCUGCUGUCUGUGUGCAGUAUACGAAUAUUGCCAUGUCCUCAAAUUCCUUUAAAAUCGUUUUCUAUCUGUUGUUUCCCGCAUUAUAUUUAGCUUGUUCUUACUUCUAUGGGAGUAAACCCGAUAUUCAAGCCUUUCCCAGCAAAGUAGUAAAGAUGGGGGGCAACGUCACAAUCAGGUGUUCUUCCCCAUAUUAUGAGGGGCCAUUUCGUUUACAUGGAGAAAACAAUGCAUAUCUUAAUUCCAAACACGAUGUGCGAGAAGAAAACUUUACUCUGACAAAUGUGCAGGAAUAUAAUUCUAAUUAUUACUGUAUUCAGUAUUCCUGUGGCACAUGGAGUAAGAGGAGUGAUUUUCUUACAUUAAAAGUGAUAGAUCCAAUCAAACCACAGAUUUCUUAUCAGCUGGAUGACUCUGAAAAUAAGCAGCUCCUAAUAAUCUGCUCGGCACCAGAACCUCCAGAGGAAUGCAGAGUGAAGCGCUUUUUACUGUAUUCAGGGAUUGUGGCAAUUAAAGAUUUGUCUGCCAUAGAAGGUUCUCCAAAAGUGACCUUCACAGUUUCCAACCUUACAGCAGAGUACAGAUGUUCUUAUGUUUUAGAGGUAAAAGAUCAACUUCUUCAUCUCAUUAAAUCACCACGCAGUGAUAAGAUUACACCUACAAUACCUGAAGAUAAAAAAAGAACAGAAAGUACGGAAGGUGAUCCCAGGAUCAUGGCUGAUUACACAACAACAAAUAGAAUACGCCUCGUUCUGGCCAUAGCUCUGAUUAUUUUGGCCUGUGGUUUUAUCAUUGAAUUUUGGAUCAGCUCAAACAAGGAUGGACAGUGUUCUUGAAAGAUGCUAAAUCUGAAAUUGUAAUUAAUUAGAUACUGUGUCACCAUCUAUAAUAACGCUGUGAACUUUAUUUUAAAAAGUGCGUGAGCUCUGCACAUGAAAUUAAGAGAGGAACUGCUACUAUAUAUUAUCGCAAUACAGGCAUUGUAUGAUUUGUAAAAUAGCAAUUUUUUUAUUUUUGUUUUAAGGUUUAUCUAAGGUUUUGUAUGCAAAAUAUUGGUACCUUAUAGAGAUAGAUGUGUAUUGUAAGAUAACAAUAAAUAGCUGUAUGUAUUUUUAUAUAUAUUGUUUCCAUUUUUAUAAUAAGCCAAGCAUUAAUGACAUUUUCAAUAUAACAGCUAGGUGGUAUAACAGGCUGAGCCAUAUACCGGUGAGCUCCCUUUAUAAUAUUAUUGUUUACAAUAUUUAAGUCUGAAAUUACUGGAGGGCGCAGUUUACAUAAAUUAUCUGUGAUGAUGUUUCCUGGUAAAUGUUGGGAAUUUUAAAGGGGUGGUGCAAGGUCUGACAUCGCUGUAGCCAAUCACAGGCCUCGGCGGUGUCCAGCUCCAAUUGCGACCAUGUGACUAGGGUUGAGCGAAUCUAUUUGCAUAAAACUUUGUUUCAAGACUGUACAGAGUGA